AUGCAGCAGCAACAAAGACAAAACAUAAACAGCAGAUGGCCCCUACCAGCAGCAACUGCAGCAGCAACUGCAGCAACUGCAGCAACAACAGCAGCACGAGCACCACCGGCUGCAGCAGCAGCAGCAGAACAGCGGCCUCGUACGGCAGCAGUAGCACGCGACGCUGCAGCAGCAGCAGCAGCAGCUGCAGCAGCAGCAGCAGCUGCUGCUGCUGCUGCUGCUGCACCAGAUUUCUCUGCAGCCACUGCAGCAGCAGCAGCGCCCCGCGCAGCAGCAGCAGCGGAACCUGCGGCCCCACCCGCUGCAACGGCAGCAGCAGCAGCACCAGCAGCGGAAGCACCACGAGCAGCGGAAGCACCAGCACCAGCAGCAGCAGCAGACGCAGCAGCAGCAGCAGCACCAGCAGCAGCAGCAGAAGCAGCAGCACAGUGA